CUUGAAGGACGCGUGCGCUGCUUUAGGAUUUUUAUUUUUUUUAUUUUUAUUUUUUUAAAUCUUUUUGUUCAAGUUUUAUAGCUUGUUUACUGUGCUUCGGGUACUUAUUUGCUUCAAAUUGUACUCGUUUGUGGAAACGGUCGAAUGUGUUAACUCUACUUUGAUAAUACUGUACUGCAAGGUUGUCAGAUAUUCUUGAAAGCUUAACUUGGAAGCCAGUGCUAAUUCAUUGUAAUGGCUUCCACUGUUCGUCUGAGAUAUUGGAACCCACGUCUCCUACGUACAAUGUUCCUUCAACUCCAGCGGCAACAAAAUACUGGUUUUUUCUGUGAUGUUACCCUACAGGGUGGUGAAGGUGAGGGAGUCAGUGUUCAUGCUUGCCUUCUUGCAGCAUGCAGUCCAUAUCUUGCUAAACUACUUGCUUCUGUUACUGAAGUAUCACAACUUGAUACUGAUUCUGCAAUUCAGACAGAUUGCACUGGACACAUCCUUACUGUACCAGGGAUUCCUAGCUGUUAUCUUUUACCUUUGGUCCAUUACAUGUACACAUCAGAGUUAGAAGUCACUCCAGAAAAUGUACAUGGGGUACUAGAAGCAGCACGAAGACUACAGAUACCAGAGCUAGAAGGAUUGCGUUUGGAAGGAGGACGACUUGUGAGGCCCGAGUUAGCCAGGAAGCUAAAUAGGGACUGUUUUGGUAGUGUAAUAUCACAAUAUGCUACAGAGUCUGGUAAUGGUAAACAAAUAUUCACAAAAGAAGAAAUUACUUCAGGCAGAAAUGUACCUGUCAGAAUGCAUGAACAAGGUCCAUGUAUUUUAGAGAAAAGGACCAAUAAAGAACAUACUUUUCCAGCUGACACUGGGUCAUUGUUAAGAGGUAAAAUGGAAGCAUCUAGUUCACUGCAGGGAAAUAUUGAAAACCCAUUGUUGGAAAUAACAAAAAACCCCACUGAAAAGUCUGGGCCUUCUACAGUGCAGACAUGUUUUCAGUCAAGAGAAAACUAUGAAUGCGCAUUUCAAGAUUCUGGUACAACACAAAAUGUCAGUGCAAUAAACCAAGACAUAGAGAUGACAAAGCUAUCUUCAGAAAUCCCAUUAAUUGUGCUGAACCCUGAUCAAAAGAGGCAUAUACUGGUAAGUGAACAUGGGGCUGACACUGUUCCAAGCAGGAAGACAGAUAUGCAAGAUAAAAAACUGUUUAAACUUCAAAGAGCAUACAAAGUGAGAAAAGAAACUGGAGAACAAGCAACAAAAGGCAAGACAAACAUCAUACCACUGAGCAGAAUAAUAAAGCUAGACCGAGGAGAAAAGCAAGACAUGCCACAAAUGGAUGAAAAUAUCAAAAAUAAUUUUAAGCAUAAACAAAACCACAACAUGAAUUCAAACUUAAACCCUCAAGAUUCUGUGCUAAAACAAGUGUGUAGGAAUAAAAACAGUCAAUGUACAAUUAAGCUUGAGUUGAAUGACCCUUCAAUCCAGACACAAAGCCAUAUACAAGUGUGUCCAGAGCAGCAAAGAAUUGUCCAGAGUCACCUAGAGGAAAAUGCAGCAUUGCAAAAGGAUGUCUGUGUUACAUGUGUUAUUGCAAAACCAAUGGCAAAUACUUUACUGCAGCACAAAACAGUAAAAGUGGUAAAACUGCAACAUACGGGAUCAAAUGUCAUGAACACAAAAAAAAUACUUCUAGAGGAAAGAGACAUGAUAAUCUCAUCCCAGAAAAGAACAUGUCAAGGGAUAAAGAGAGACUGGUGUGCUGAUGAGUUUGAAGAUAAACACAAAGAGCUGGUAAAGCGGAGCAAAACAGAAAAUGGACACUGGUGGGAAGAAAUUAAUGAGGUAGAAUCACCAGCUUAUGCUCUCUCCCCUAAUGAGCAGGACAUGCAGUUAAAUCAACCUGAAGAGCUGGUUGAGCAAAUACUGAGUGUAUCUUCCCCCAGUUCUUCAGAAGUGGAUGUGGGUGGUCAAAGUCCAGUUCCCACUAAGUAUGUAGGUGUGCGGCCUGAUUCAUCUUCAGAGUCAGACACAGAGAUUGAUAUUUUGUAAUAAAAGGAAAUCACAAUACAAUCAUAUACAGUAGUAUUUCAACUUUAUCUUGCCAGAUGUUCUUUUCAAAUGUAUAACAGCAGAAUCUUGAUAAUAGUUGCAGACUCUGAAAAAUAUAUCUGUUAAAUAAACCAUUCGUUAUGUCUCUUCA